AGGACAGGUUGUACCUUAAGGUUUCCAAGAUUAGAGAGAGUGAGAGAGGACAAAGAAUGGUUUGAUUGUAUGUCACUGGAUGAACUGGAGGAUCUUAAAAGAGUAGCCUCAGGUCAUUUAGCUCACCGUCAUUAUGAGGAGGGGGAGGGGGAGGAAGGGGAACUCACCACGUCCAAAAAGAGGAGGAGAGUGACUAGGAUUGAUAGACCAGCUGGUGUGGCCUCCCAGUUCAGACACACUGAUGUAUCCAGUGUGGAGGAGGUAUCUUCUAUGUUUGCUGGUAAGCAGUUUUGUGUCAUUAACGGAACUCCGCUCUUUCAAUAAACAAUAUAUUGAGACUAAGAUUGCUGAGCAUGGAGGUACUUUUGUACAGAAUCCAACUACAGAUACUUACUGUGUGCUGGUUCAUAAACUGGUCGUUAAAGCUAAUAAUAUAAUCAGUAAAGGUAUUUAUAAUGUGGUCAUGAUCCAAUGGCUCCUGGACUGUCUGGAGACCGGGAGGUGUCUGCCAUUGAAGCCCUCACUGAUGUAUAGCACAUCCUCUGAGACUGCUAGCAAGUUCUCUGAAGUAUAUGAUAAGUAUGGUGAUAGUUAUAUUGAUGAUACUAGUGAGACAACAUUGAGAGAAAUAUUUGAUAAAAUGAAAGACAAAAGGAGUUGUUCUGCUGAUGAAAUUGCUAAAAUAGAGUUAGAGUAUUUCCCAAAUGAAUCAGACAAUGGACUCUUCAGACAUUUUAAGUAAAUAAGGAACCUAAGACUAGGAGGGAG